AUGGAUUUUGAGGUAUUCCAGGUCAAUGAUAGUGUUGCAUCAGCUGAUGAAUGUAUCACCACCGAUCCCGUUGCUUCACCUAAGGACGACGUAGAAGAAGCAAAUGUCACUACGAGUAAGACCCAAGUAAAUGAUCCUAUUGCAGUUGUUGACGAGGUCGAAACAGAGAAAGAUGAUACUCUGGUACACAGUCUAAAUGUAGACAACCAAACUGUGGAAGAGUCAGCUUUAGAUGAAGGUUGGCAAGAGGCAUACUCAAAGGGAAGAUCCGGAAAUGGCGGUGGAAGGAAAAACAGACAAAAGCAGACUGAUUCAAUGAAACAGAGAAUGUCGCCGCUUGAUAGAAAUCUCAAUGGAAGACAGGAAGUGCAGAAAACGACUCUAAGACCAUCCCUUAGAGCUCUGAAGAAUGCUGAGAUUGAUCUCGGUAAGAAUUUGGUUAAGCCACAAUUAAAGGCUUCUGGUUCUGCUGUUGCUACUUUGGCUUCAAAGUCUGUCUCAUACAAAGAGGUUGCUUUGGCACCACCAGGUACAGUUCUGAAGCCAAUGUUAGAAAAAUUAGAACCGGAUUUGGAAAGAACUGAAACUCAGAUAUACAGGAUUCCAAGUGCGUCAAAUGGAGCAGAAAGCAAGUCUGACACUGUGAUGAUGUUGGAUUUGCCAAACAAAGGCACAGAACUUCCCAGUGAAAAACAAGAAAGUGUCGAGUCAGUAGAAAAAGUAACGUCAGAAUCUGAAGGGGAUCAUCAUCUGGGGUCCUGUAAUGGGCAAAAGGCUUCUGAUUCAGGCUGGAAAAAGCUGUCCGCAACCGCAGAGCCUUACAGCCCUCGAGGUUUCUUGGCUACCAAUCCGCAUUGCUCAGAGGCAACAACAGGCAACUCCCAGAGUAAGGUUGCAGAGCCUAUUUACCGGGCUGGAGUUUCAUGUGGGACUCACUCACCAACAUAUUACAGUGCUAAUCACUCAAAUGGAGUUGGGAUUCCAAGCACCAUGAAUCCAGAUGCACCAGAGUUUGUUCCAAGGAAAUCUGUGCAGAAUGGCUCUCAACAUGUAGUUGGGAAUGCAAGUGUAUCCGUUGACUCCAGUAGCUGCGUAAAGGCCGAGAAAAACGAAGCUGCUUUGAAUAAGCAAGAGCUUGCGAGGCAGAUCCUACUUAGCUUCAUAGUAAAGUCAGCUCAGAAGGACGUUGGGCCUGCUCCGAGGAAGGGAAGAAAGACUAAAGGUGAUUUGGAAGAUACCUCUGCAAAGGACAGUAGUGCAGUAACAGAGAUGGUUUACAGUAGAGAAGAGAAGAGUGUAUCGAAAGCAAAUGAGACGAAUGGAGGUGAAGGGUUUGUGAUUGUAGCGAAGAAGAGGAGGAAGAACAAGCAGCGACUUACAAACGACGUGGCUGGGCUGUACCAUCAACCGUCGUCGGUUUGUGCAUGA